GGGCGGGGCGGGCAGGUGACUGACGCCCGGCGGUGGAGCUACGGGCAGGGCGGCGGGCCUAGCUGAUUGACCGGGUGGUGCUGGCCGCGGGCGUACCGGGGUUUGUCCACCGGGCGAGUUGCCCUUGUUUAUUCCAGCCGCCCGCCGGGCUAGCUCGUCUCCCGCCGGAGCCAAGAACGUGCGAGUGCGGCGUGUGGGAGAAGGCGCGGGCCCUGGCGUCCCGGCCCUGCUCGGUCGCCGGGGAACGACUGGACUAAGCCAGGAGGAGUAGGCCGGAGCCUUCGAGGGCCUCGGGCCCGGAGACUGGAGGAGGAUGAGCUGGCUCUUUCCCCUGGCCAAGAGCGCGUCAUCCUCCGCGGCCGGCUCGCCCGCCGGCCUCACCAGUCUCCAGCAGCAGAAGCAGCGGCUGAUCGAGUCGCUCCGGAACUCCCAUUCCAGUAUAGCAGAAAUACAAAAAGAUGUGGAAUACAGAUUACCUUUCACAGUAAACAACCUGACAAUUAAUAUUAAUAUAUUACUUCCUCCACAAUUUCCUCAGGAAAAACCGGUUAUUAGUGUUUAUCCACCAAUAAGACAUCACUUAAUGGAUAAUCAAGGAUUGUACGUUACCUCUCCUUUAGUGAGCAAUUUUACAAUGCACUCAGAUCUUGGAAAAAUUAUUCAAAGUCUUUUGGAUGAGUUCUGGAAGAAUCCUCCAGUUUUAGCUCCUACUUCAACAGCAUUUCCAUACCUGUAUAGUAGUCCCGGUGGGAUGCCUCCUUACCCUUCGCAGGGUUUUCCAUUUCUUCCUCCAUAUCCUCCACAAGAAGCUAACAGGAAUAUCACAUCUUUGUCUGUAGCAGACACUGUUUCUUCUUCAACCACAAGUUACACUGCAGCCAAGCCGGUGGCUCCUUCAUUUGGUGUCCUUUCAAGUCUGCCAUUACCUGUUCCCACAACAGAAUCUUCAGCAUCGAUUAACCAAAAUGGUUUUGGUUAUAAGAUGCCGGAUAUUCCUGAUUCAUUUCCAGAGCUUUCAGAACUAAGUGUGUCCCAGCUUACAGACAUGAAUGAACAGGAGGAGGUAUUACUAGAACAGUUUCUAAUGUUGCCUCAACUAAAACAAAUCAUUACUGACAAGGAAGACCUAGUAAAAAGUAUCGAGGAGUUAGCAAGAAAAAAUCUCCUUUUGGAGCAUAGUUUGGAAAGCAAAAGACAAACUGUUUUAGAUAAGUAUGAAUUACUUAUACAAAUGAAAUCUACCUUUGAAAAGAAGAUGCAAAGGCAACAUGAACUCAGUGAGAGUUGUAGUGCAAGUGCCCUACAGGCAAGAUUGAAAGUAGCUGCACAUGAAGCUGAGGAAGAGUCUGAUAAUAUUGCUGAAGAUUUCUUGGAGGGAAAAACUGAAAUAGAUGAUUUUCUCAGUAGCUUCAAGGAAAAGAGAACAAUUUGCCACUGUAGAAGAGCUAAAGAAGAGAAGCUUCACCAGGUGAUAGCAAUGCACAGCCAAUAUCAUGCUCCUCUAUAGAACUAACCCAUAAGUGCACAAAGAAGAAAAUGAAUAACUGCAUAUCUGAGGUUUGGUAAGGUAGGAUCUAAAUCACUAAAUACCUUAACAUUCCAAAGCCUGCAUAAGUUAUGGAUUGUCUUCAUUCUUUUAACUCUACAUAUUUUUGGUAAUGCAAUUUUAGGAAAAACAGAAAUAUUUUCUUACUGAAAAAUUGUUUGUAGAAGACAUUCACACGGACUGUAAAGAUCUAAUGCUGGCUAUACCUUGUUAUUAAAGUUGCCCAUCUUCCUGGCUAAGGUGUACUAUUUAAUCCUCAAAAUGGCCAGAGAAGGGUAAACUUGUUACUCCUGACACAGAAGUGUAGGUAAAAUAACUGAUGUAAUGUUUCAAAUUUGUGACCAAGUUUGAGGACAUUCAGAGACAUCUCCUGAGUGCACCAGUGCUGGCAUUUACCAUUCCCAGCAGCCACUGUAGUCAGUAGAGAGCCUACCAGACACAGUCCUGUUGAGUUCAUAAAAACCAGGCGUACCCAGAACAAGAGCCAGUGGACUGUAAGCCUUUUAGAAUAUUGAUUAAUCUCUUAUUAAGCAUAUGCUAAACAGCUCUAGCAUUAUUUAAAGAAUGCUGAGAGACAACUCAAAUGAUGGACAUAGGUGCUUCUUUCCUUUCUGUUUCUCUCUCUCUCUCUCUCUCUCUCUCUCUCUCUCUCUCUCUCUCUCUCUCACACACACACACACACACACACACACACAUCACUUGCUCACCCAGGACAGUUUAUACAGACACAGUAGUAAUCCAGUGGGAUUUUUCUUGAAACUUGUAUUCUCCAAGUUUCACUGUCAGUUAAACUGGAAGCAUACUUUCUCCUUCAAAGUUCAGAGACCCUCUUCAUAAUCCAAACAUUAGACCAAGACAUUUCACCACAGUUAACUGCAUUUACCUAGUUGACAAACUUGUUCAGACAUAAUUGUUACUUGGGGUGAAUAUUUGAAUAUGCCAGUGUGAAUUUGAGUUCUGUAUUUGCAGAAUUAUAUGGUUGUAAUUUUAUAGCCCUGUUUCUUCUUUAUGAAAAUUAGCUACACAUAUGAAUACCAAAGAAGAUCCUCUGGUUUUACUUGAGUGUAUAAUAUAGAAGACUAUAAAGGAAAGCUUAGAAAUGGACUACCCAGGGCAGAAUUUGUCAUGGGUAUGUAAAGGUAGAUACUAAGUAGUAAGUUAGUGAGGUCAAAGUUGAGUGAAAUUUUCUGAAUAAAUCAACUUUACAGAGAAUUAAUGUCAGAAUACAGAACAGAAAUUGCUUGACCAGUUUACAUAAUUAAAUUGGAGAGCAGCUAAGAUUCUGUUGUAGGAGUAAGAAGUAAACUUGUGCCUUGUUUUUUUUAAGGCAGGGUCGCUAACCCAGACUGCCUUCUGCCUUGUGAUGUAGCUGAGAUUGACCGCGCCCUUCUGAUCCUCCACCUGAGUAUUAGGAUCAUAAGUAUUUAUCACCAAGCCAGUUCAUGUGGUGCUUGGGACUGAACGCAGGGCUUCAUGCAUGUGAGACAAACAUUCUACCAGCUGACCUGCACCCUCUUAAGGCAUGAAAACUUGGGCUAGGGAGGUGGCUCAGUGCUAACCUGUCAUGCAAGCAUGAGGACCUGAGUUCAAAUACUGAGGACUUAUAUAAAAACCUGGCACGCCGUAAAACACCUCAGUAGUUCUAUUCUACACAAGAGAGGAGGCUGAGGAUCAUUCCAGGGUGGAGAGGGUGGCUGCAAACAGGGUGGAAGGCAAGGGCUGGCAUCCGUGCUUGUUCUCCUCUCACCCAGGGUUUCACUUUUCCUCUUCUUAAUUUAAAAUUUUCAACCGAUUUGUUCAAACAUGAUCAAAAUUCAAAAUUCUUUAGUAUUACUAAGUGAAAUCAUUUGAGCUGUAACUAUCACUGGUUGGGAAGUAAUGUGUCUUGAGUCAGUUAUAUAUUGAAGUAACCCCUAGAACACUACCUUAAAUACUAAAAUGCUUCAUGACUAAAGCUUGAUUUAGAAUGAACAUGUAAUACUGAGACUUUUAGUUGGACUGAUCAUAAUUUAUUCAGGGUCUCUAAAAAGGCCUACAGUAAAGCAUGUAUGUAGCUUCAAUGAUAGGUUGGUUAAUCUGUAAAAGACUCAAUAAACACAUGCUUAAAUUAUGUCUUAUGAAAGAAUGAAGAGAAUGAAGUGUGGCUCUGAUGUUGAUGGUGUUACAUUAAAAAGUAAACAUUUAAAAUAUAUACUUUUUUCAAAUAUGUAGUCCAGUUUGACAUAGAUGCUGGUUUUUCUUUUUUGUUACGGACUUACUGUCUACUAUAAGAAAUUAGGCAACGGUGUUUCUAAGAGUAGAUGGUACACAAAUAUAAGGAAGCCAGGCGUGAUAACACACAUCUUUAAUCCCAGCAUUUAGGAGGCAAAAGCAGGCAGGUCCCUGAGUUCGAGGCCAGCCAGAGCUAGAGAGUCAGAUGCUGUCUCAAAAAACAAAGCAAAACAAAGAAAAUGAAAAGAAAGUGAGUCAUGUUGUAAAGCUGUACAAGCCAUUCCCACUAUCUCCCACGUGUUUAUUAGCUAUUAGAUACACUAUAGAAAAUGAGUAAAUAUUCCUUAUGCUUAACUGGGGCAUUUCCCACAGAAAGUGCUCAGAUUUAACAUCUAAAGGAGUUAAACUUGCUUUAUUUUUAUAUUAACAAUAUUUUUAUAUUACAGGCCUUUAGUAUAUUGAAGUCAGUCUGUCCUUAAAUGUGAACACUACUAUACUGUAUUACAUUAUGUGAUUAUGUGUGUAACUCAUUCUAGAGGUCUUUACAGUCUCUUUUCCUUUCUUAUUACUGUAUUUCUAUUUCCACAAAAUUGAAUACAUUAUCUGAUAAAAAUUUUUACUUUAAAAUACUGUUAUAAAAAACUAAGAUUAAAUUCAUUUUUAUUAGAAUGUACUAAUAUUGCAAAACCAUACAAUAAGAACAUUUCAGUGUGUUCAAACACAGCAACAUUUCUCCAUUAAGAGUUUUCAGAACAAAAGCUCAACUCAAAUCCUGUUUUUUUUUUAGCAUAAAAUGGGAAUAAUCCUGCUUUAAUUGUGCAUUUUAAAAGAAACUUCAGAAAUGACAUUCAGCUGUCCAUGGUCAUGAGAUAUUGCUAAUGUUAUAGAAAACAUUAGUUUGCUAUAUGCUUUGUAAAGUGAAAAGCACUGUAACCUUUACUCCCUAUGUUUAACAGAUGUAAUAUGGAGGUUUGAAGAAUGGCCCUCAAAGGCUCAUAUAUUUGAAUACAUAUUUCUCAGUCAGUGGAACUGUUUCGGAUUGGGAGGUGUGGCCUCGUUGGAGGGGGUAUGUCACUGCUGGAUGCUGCCCUUAAAUUUUCAGAAAGCCCACACAUUACCAGUGAGCCCUCACCGGCUCUCGGUUAUGUCUCAAGAUGUGAGCACAGCUACUGCUCCAGUGCUUGCUGCUGCCAUGCUCUCUGCCAUGACUGUCAUAGACAAACCUUCUAAAAGUGUAGGCCCCAAAUAAGUUCUUUAUUCCAGUUGCCUUGGUUGUGGGGUCUUAUUACAAGAAGAGAAAAGUAAUUUAAGACACUUGAUAAGCAAAUACCCUAGUUUUUGCUGAUAUAUUAUUACCUACUGAGUUUAUAGUUUUGUCAUUUGGAAUCAGGUUGGUGUGGCUCACAGUUUUGGUAGGUCUAAUCUCUGAAAAAGCAGGAAAAAUUUACUAAGAGCUGAUACCUGGAUUCAUAUUUGAGAGAGAGAAAAUGAAUGAGGCUCCUGCUUUAUUAGGUACUACAUCUAUGUAAAGACAGACAUACAUUUUAGCAUUUUUAGGUGAUGAAGAAAAGCAGAAGAUACUCCAGAGAGGGUUAAUAAAAUGAUUACCCUACCUGAAAGAUUAAUUUCAGAGCUCUUUAGGAAUAUAUUUAUUAACAAAAAAAGGGGACUUUCAGUACUCAUUUUAAAAAUAUUAGUAAAGGCAGAAGGAAAUGUCAAAUGUUUCAGAAAGCAAACUAUGUGGAAGUGUAAUAAAACUCCAGCCAUUAAUAGGUAUGAUGGAAAGGUGUGGGGGGGCUUUAUAAGCAGAGACAUGCUAUAAGGGGAAGACUCGCAUGGACAACCUUAGAUGAUAAUGGUUUCUUUGCAGUGAACAUAAUUUCCAGUCUAACAUGAGCCUCAGGAAUGGUAAACAGUCUUCAUUUUGAUUUGAUAAAAGAACUGGCUAUUCAGAGAGUGUAUUCUUUUUUUUUUCAUUUUCAUAGCUGUAAAUUUAUGGUUCUGGAUGGAAUGUGCCAUUCCUCGACACUUUUUAUUAUGAAUUGCACUUUCCCCUUAAUUUGGAAGUGUUUCUGUGUCUCACUUUGGAUAUCCAAAGGGAAACUUCAGGCAGUGAGAAACACAGCUUCAUCAGAGUCCCGGUCCUUGCCACUGUCUUCGCUCGGCGCAUGCUCACCACCACUUGGAGAACGACAGCUCAAAUCCUCCACCCCGGACUCCUGAUCACUGUUUGCUGACAGAUCGGGAUCUGAGCUUUUCAGAUUGUCUUGGGUUAGAAUAAGAGCAGAAUCUUCGUCCCCCUGGGAAGGGCUUCUGGAUGGGAAGGACUUCAUGUUCCCACUGUAAUCCUGAGGAGUAUUGGCUGUGCUGUUGUCUGAGGUAGAAAAUCCUGAGUGUUUGCUGGGUUCACUUUGCUUACUCUUCACUUUGGUGCCAUUUAAGUGAACUUUCUGAAUUUUUUCCAGCCUCUAAAAAAUAAAAAAAAAACAACUUUGAGAAAAGUCAUAAAUAUUCUUAAUUAUAAAUGCAUGUCUUAUUCAUUGCCUGAUAAUGUUAAGGGCAAGAGUCUUAAUGUUGGUUGCAAAUCAGGGGUCAGGAACUUGAAUAAAAUUGAGAGGCUUAUUUUCUUAAUAUAAGGAUGGUAAUAAACACCUUGAAAGAUUCUCUAUAAUGUGAACAAUGCAAUAUGGUUAAAGUACUGGAAAUGAGUAAGUGGUCUCCCCUUUUCUCAUGACGAUACAAUCUGACAGAUAUUUCCAUCGUAUUAACUUUAAAUGAUUUUUUAAUUUUUAAAACAUUUAUUUUAUGCAUA